AUGUGUCUUCUCUAAAUAGCUGCAACGACUAAACUCUGCAGCUACUCUGUCACUGGAGUGGGUGGCUUCUUUCGUGCUUUGCUAAUUAACUGGGGGAUACAAAUGACAACCCCCAACAGACAGGACGGGGGCCGGCAGACUGGCCUCCCCCAACAGUGACCUUUUGAAUUCUCUGGAAUGUUGUUAUUAAUGUUAUUAAUUGUUAAUCAAUUGCUAAUCUGGUCUGUGGCCGUAAUAAACAGAACUAACUCACCCCUGAGGGCAACACCUUACAGAGCAGACAGCCAGGCCCUCCUGAGAGAGACCCGCCGCCGAGGGAUGGCCGGCCAUGUGGAUUCCGGGCCCCUCUGCCAAGAGGACCGGCCAGCUGCCCCGUCCCACCACCCCCCCUUGCUCUUAUCAGGAGCAGAGCCGGCUAGUAGCCAGUAGCAAAGGGCCCCGUGCUGUAGCAGGGCAGGCGUCACUGAUAAGGCGUCUUAUCAGGGCAGGGGGACGCUUGGGCCUUUUCUGCCCCUCCCCUGCCUGGCACCGGCUGGCGUGGCCGGCUCAGCCACUUUCUUCUCCUCCGGGCCAACAUGGGACCUCUUGUGCGCCUGCAGCUGGCUCUGCUCUUGUGCCUGUCCGUGGCUUCCGUGGCAGCUCAGGAGGGCAGGAACCUGCCCGAGGAGGUGGGGGAGGAGGAAGAGGAGGAGGAGGAGGAGGAUGGCAUCUUGGUCCUCAAGGAGCACAACUUUGGCCAAGCCCUGCAGAAGCACCAGCUGCUCCUGGUGGAGUUCUAUGCCCCCUGGUGCGGGCACUGCCAGGCCCUGGCCCCCGAGUAUGCCAAGGCCGCAGCCAUGCUGAAGAACGAGUCCUCGGCACUGAGGCUGGCCAAGGUGGACGCCACGCAGGAGCAGGCCCUGGGCACCGAGUUCGGGGUCACCGGCUACCCCGUCCUCAAACUCUUCAGGAACGGGAACCGCACACACCCCACGGACUUCGCCGGUGAGCGAGACGCCGAGGGAAUCGUGAAGUGGCUGAAGCGGAAAGCUGGGCCCAGCGCUGUGCUGCUUGAGGACGAGGCAGAGGCAACCGCUUUCCUAGCUGCUCACCCAGUGGCCGUGGUUGGAUUUUUCCACGACCUGGAGGACGAGGACGUGCUGCUCUUCCACGAGGUGGCCGGAGAUGCUCCCGACGUGGCCUUUGCCCUCACCAGCCGCCAGGCACUCUUCCAGAAAUACGAGGUCACUGGCAACAGAGUCCGCCUCUUCCGCUCCCAGGGGGACGAGCCGCAGGCCGACUUCCCGGUCGAUGAGGAGCUGGGCUUGGAUGCGGCGGAGCUGGCCCGCUUUGUCACUGUGCAGAGCCUGGACCUCGUUAUGGAGUUCACCAGCAAGAACUCCUCCAGGAUAUUUGGGGCCAAGAUCCUGCACCACCUGCUGCUCUUCAUCAACAAGACAGAGGUCUCCCAGCUGGAGCUGCUGGGCACCUUCCGGGGGGCAGCCGCCGCCUUCCGGGGCCAGGUGCUUUUUGUGCUGGUCGACGUCAAUGGGGAAGGCGCCCAAGUGCUGCAUUACUUCGGCCUGAAGACCCAGGACGCGCCCACCAUCCGCUUCAUCAGCAUCGAGAGCAACACAAAAUACCGCCUGGCCACCGAAGGGCUCACCGUGGCAGCCAUCGAUGCCUUCUGUCGGGACGUGCUUGAGGGCAGAGUUAAGCCCCACCUGAUGAGCGAGGAGAUCCCAGAGGACUGGGAUAAGCACCCCGUCAAAGUCCUGGUGGGCAAGAACUUCGAGCAAGUGGCGUUUGAUGAAGCCAAAAAUGUCUUUGUGAAGUUCUAUGCCCCCUGGUGCACCCACUGCAAGGCCAUGGCAGCUGUCUGGGAGCAACUGGGUGAGAAAUACAAAGACCACGAGGACAUCAUCAUUGCAGAGGUGGAUGCCACGGCCAAUGAAGUCGCAAACCUCACCAUCCGUGCCUACCCUACUCUGUACUACUUCCCUGCAGGGCCCAGCCGGAAGAUGACAGAAUACAAGAGUACCAGAGACCUGGAAACCUUCUCACUGUUCUUGGAAAACAAAGGCGAGUUACCUCCCCAGGAGGACCCAGGGGAACAGAAGGAGAACCGGACAAUCUCACCAGACGCCCCGGACUCCAGAGAUGAGUUGUAGAGCCUGCUGUGGCUACAAAUCCGAGGGGCCCCAGCGCCAUCUGACACCAAAGCUGGCCCCAAAUGCCAAACAGAUGAAAACCUGCUGUGGUGUAUUCUUGUGGGGGGUGGGAAGCAGCAGUGUCUUGAAGACCUGAACUCCCAAAUAUGCUUUUUGAAAAACACAGGCCACAAAUGACACUCAUUUGCUGCCACUGCAGAAAAGCCCACCAGUCGCUUUGGUAAUGAGCAUGGAAGUGCGCAAGACAGCCAGAGGCCAGGAUUAAAGACAAAACAGCUUCCUUUACAAGUGAUAAAAGUGCAGUGAUUUCAA